AUGGCAAACCUGACACUGAUAUUAGUGGAUGGGGCAAUCGGGGUGAACACAGAUAAAGACACAUGGCCCGACUACGCCUUCGUGUUGUCAGGUCUCUAUCUGACCCUGGUAUUCAUCGUGUCCUUAUUCGGGAACAGCAUCAUAUUGUUUCUUUUUGUCUGGGAUCGCCACCUGCGGACGCCGACCAACAUGUUCCUGCUCUCGCUCACGAUCACCGAUUGGCUCGUUACGAUCGCAGGCAUCCCUUUCGUGACGUCAUCGAUAUACGCGCACCGCUGGCUUUUCGCCCACGUUGGUUGCAUUGCAUACGCUUUUAUAAUGACCUUUCUUGGCCUAAACGCACUCAUGUCGCAUGCUGUGAUUGCCGUCGAUAGAUAUCUUGUCAUCACAAAACCGCAUUUUGGCAUAGUGGUCACGUACCCAAAGGCCUUCAUCAUGAUCUCGAUACCGUGGAUAUUCUCGUUCGCCUGGGCCGUGUUUCCACUCGCCGGUUGGGGCGAAUUCGCCUACGAGGGAACAGGCGCUUGGUGCAGCGUCAGAUGGGACAGUGAUAACCCGCGGGUCAUGUCGUACGUUCUCGGGAUGAUGUUUUUGACGUUCGUUUCCAGCAUCGUCGUGAUGGCAUACUGCUAUGCGUGUAUCUUUCUCACGAUGUGGAGGAUGCCGAAAUUGGGAACGUCUAACAGCAUCAAGACACACGAAAAGAACAGAAGGAGAAGAGAACAGAAGUUACUGAAGACCCUCGUCGCCAUCGCUAUCGCUUUCCUCGCAGCCUGGUCGCCGUACGCCAUAACGUCGAUGAUCGCCAUGUUUGGUCAUCCUGAAAUGCUCACUGUGACUGAGACCACUCUUCCUUCUCUUUUCGCCAAGGGUAGCGUAAUGGUUAACCCAAUCAUCUACGCUGUCACUAGCGUUGUGUUCAGGAAAAGCUUCAAGAAGAUGCUUACUUCAUUCUUCCCUGGAUACGUGUCUUCAAAGUCGAGAAAGAGUACCCCUAGCUCCUCGAAAAGGACCGUGCCGUUCUCAAGCGACGACAAAAUAAAGAAAGACGACCAGACAAGUUCGGUGCUAAUACCGGGGACCACUGAGAUUUGUGCGGCAACCAUUCCCGUUUCAAGAUCCGGCAGCGUGCCUGAAGUCAUCGUUCAGCCAAGCGGUAAAAGAGUAUCCGCAGCCAUCGAAAUGGACAGAUUGAACAAGCUUUUACCUGGAAAACACAAGAAAGGGCGCCCUCCUUUUACAGGUAGACGCGAAUCUGAUGUUACCAUACCCGACACUGGAUACAAGACAAUAAACCAAGAAACGGUCAUUGACCAACUGCACUCACACGAGAGCCAGAUCUCGGAAACAGAAGAGGGCGCCAUUGAAGAAAUGGGAGAACAUCCCCAUCGGGAUUCGGUGACUUCAAAUAAAUGUUCUUUAGAGCUCGAUCAUAUCAUUGAUGGCAUUCACGGAAAGUAUGCCGGAAUAAAACAAGACAUGGAUGCGGAAGAUGAUACAAACUGUGACGAAAGUCAAGAUCUUCCCGGAAAGGAAUCACAGACACAGAGAAAGUUGGAAGAAACCUCUUGCGCCAAAAUACAUUUGGAGGAAAGAGAAAGCAAAAGGAAAAGGCACGUGAAAGCAGUGAUAGACAAUGAUCCUAACUCUCAAAGUAGCGUGACUGUAGAUAGUGGUGUUUUUGAUACGUGCUCCACUUUUAACACAGCAAAGAAAUCACCGACCAACGAAUACGGGAAAACAGAGACUGAAAUAUAGGUUCGCAUUAUAGUAUUUUAUAAAAAGUUAUAUGCAUAAGUUGAUUAUACUGUCAAGCAAAAUUAACAAAUUUUGUCUGUUAAAGUAUGGCUGAUACGUGACUUUGCUCUCUAUAGCUGUAAUAGCUAUUGUUUGAACUCGAAAGCGAGCAAACUCGUAAUUGAGGUCACGUUAAGUUCCCAUAAUAGUAGUUUUUCGUCAUGUUCGAUAGCAUUUUCAUUCACCAGAUCAAAUUAACGUUCUUACCAAAGAGCGUAGAGGGCGUCAACAUUUUUUCAGUAUCCGUGCAAAUUGUUGAGGCCCUCUACGUUCAUCGAUGCUAGUUUCAAGAAUCUGGUCCAAUAUGCUACAGUCAUACCAUGGUCUUACCAACGAAAGCGACCGCAUAUAUUCGUAAUUCCGAAGCUUCGUUAUUCUGAAGGUUCGGAUAUUCCGAAGGUUCGUUAUU